AUGACGAUCAGCAAGAACAACAAGAUGAUGCAGCACCUCAACUUCCGCAUGCGGAUCAUGUUGCAGGAUGGACGCACGUUCGUCGGCUAUUUUAGGGCCUUCGACAAGCACAUGAACCUGCUGCUCACCGAUUGCGAGGAGUUCCGCAGCAUCAAGCCGAAGGCCGGCAAGAAGGCCGACGGUGAAGAGAAGCGGAUGCUGGGACUCGUCCUUCUUCGUGGCGAGCACAUCGUCUCGCUGACGGUCGAGGGCCCGCCGCCCAAGGAUGAGGAAGGCCCACGUCUCCCCAAGGCUGGCGGCAACGCUGGACCCGGACAGGCCAAGCCCGCCGGACGUGGCAUGCCGAUCGCCCCUACUGGACCCGCUGCUCCCGCUGGACUUCAGGGAGCUGUUCGUGGUGUCGGCGGCCCGUCGAUGGGAAUGAUGCAGCCCGGCUACGGAGGACCCGGUGCCCCGCCUCGUCAAUUC